CUCGCCGGCCGUCCUGCGGGCGGGCGCAGGGGGCCAUGGGCAUGGUGGUUCACACCUUUAAUCUCAGUACUCUAGGGGGCAGAGGCAGGUGGAUCUCUUGAGUUCAAAGCCAGCCUGGUAUACAGAGCAAGUUCCAGGACAGCCAAGGCUACACAGAGAAACCCUGUCUCAAAAAAAAAGGAAAUGCACUUAGUCAAAAUUGACUUCAGAAGAGAGAAGGCUAACGAUGGAAAACACUGGGAAAGUGACCAGAAAGCUGUCCUUGGUGCCAGGCCCAGUUGAUGUCACAGGCUAAGUCUUCCCCAGAGAGGAGCAGCUGGAAGCACCAUGCUGGGCUCGGAAGCUCAUGACAAGAGGCCUCCGAUGUUGACCUCAUCAAACCAGGAUUUGUCACCUCACCUCGCGGACGUGGGGCAAAUAAAGCAUUACUUCUGUGGCUGCUGCGCCGCUUUCAACAACGUGGCCAUCACGUACCCCGUUCAGAAGAUCUUCUUCCGGCAGCAGCUGUACCGCAUCAAAACCUGGGACGCCAUCCUGCAGUUGAGGAAGGAUGGGUUCCGCAACUUGUACCGGGGAAUCUUCCCCCCACUGAUGCAGAAGACGACCACGCUGGCGCUUAUGUUUGGUCUGUAUGAGGACCUGUCGUGCCUGCUCCGCAAGCACGUGAGCAACGCUCCUGAGUUUGCCACGCGAAGUGUGGCAGCGCUGCUUGCCAGGACAACAGAAGCCAUUCUCACUCCAUUGGAAAGGGUUCAGACUUUGUUUCAGGACCACAAGCAUCGCGAUAAGUUCACUAACACUUACCAGGCCUUCCGGGCGCUCAGAUGCCAUGGGGUUGCAGAGUAUUACCGAGGCUUGGUCCCCAUCCUUUUCCGAAAUGGGUUCAGCAAUAUCCUUUUUUUUUUUUUUUUUGGCCUUCGAGGGCCCAUUAAGGAGCAUCUGCCUACUGCCACUACACAGAGUGCACAUCUGGUCAACGACUUCAUCUGUGGAGGUGUGCUCGGAGCCAUGCUGGGCUUCUUAAGCUUCCCCGUUAAUGUUGUAAAAGCUCGAAUACAGUCUCAGAUUGGUGGGCCGUUCCAGUCUCUUCCCAUGGUUUUCAAGACAAUCUGGAUAGAACGGGACAGGAAACUGAUCAAUCUUUUCAGAGGUGCACAUCUGAAUCACCACCGCUCGCUCAUCUCCUGGGGAAUAAUCAAUGCAACUUAUGAGUUUUUGUUAAAGAUUGUGUGAUAAGGUCACUACCUGAGAUGUUAUUCUCAACUGAGUAAACCUAAGGAAAAUGCAAUUUGGCUUUGUUCCUAAUUGGCUUAAAUACAGGUGGUGUCAUUAAGAUCAAGCCCUAAUUACGGACAAAGCCUUGACAAACAGUGCAGAUUUCAGUGGGCAGGGGUCAGGGUUGGGGUUUGGUCAUUUCUCCAGAGCCUCAGGCUGUUGCCUGGGAACCAGCCUGUACCUGAUGGCCUUUCAGGGCAACUGUCAUGGGAAUAGAUCUCAUCCUCCCGGAAGGGUUGCUAGGCCUUCUGUGUGGAAACUGUGGUGUCAGCAGCAGCCAGAGCACAUGCUCCUGGCCCAGGGCUUCUCAGGCUCACUCUCACCUCAUGUAUUUUGUCUCUGCUCGUAGGAGAGUCAUCGUCAUUAAACCCGAGCUCUGCAUGGAGGACUGGAGCAGAGGUGGCGCUCAGUGCCAUGGCUGUGGCUCCAUGAUGAAUUGUUGGGGUUAGCUUUGAAAUGACGUGCUGUUAAGAUAGCCAUUCUCCAAACUAUUUCUGUUCAGUUUUGAUAGAAUUAAGCAGCUAGUGAAAGCUUCCAUUUUACUGUUUAGCUUUGAACAUUUUCUGCUUAAUUCUGAAUAUGACUUUAAGCCCUUCCAGAAUGUCCUUGUGCUGUUUUUACUGAAUUAAUUGCCAAAAGAUCGGGUGCCCUAGUUAACACAUUGUGUGUUUCACCGCUGUAAGCGGUUCACUGCAAGCUCUACUGUUUUGCUUGACUUGUUUGUGCUACUGGUUUGGACACAGCCGACCAGUGGGGACACUGUCCCUUGUGAGUAGUAACUAUCAUGUCUGUCCUGUUCUCUGGUACUAGACUUUAAAAAAUAAACACUUCCAUAUAGUUUUACUUUGGGUAUCUUAAUACAGUCCCAGGUCUUUUUUUCUGGUUUCUCAGUGUUGCAGAGUAAGGUAAGGAGCAGAGGCUGCUUCCCCUCCAUCCAGCCCCCUCUGUCUCUGAAAAGAAAGAUGUCAAGGUUCUGACACUCUAGGAGCCCGGUUACCACUGUGCCACUUAAAAGUGUCUGCUCUAGGGUUUGGGGAUUUAGCUCAGUGGUAGAGCGCUUGCCUAGUCCCCAGCUCUGAAAAAAAGAAAAAAAAAGUGUCUGCUCUAAGUAACAGCACUGACUUCUGGGGCUCACUCAGGUAGGACUCAACUGGCUGGAACCAGGCCAAGGAGCCACACAGUUAUUUUCUGAGUAAAUAUUGUGACAAGACUAACAAUUCAACUGAAAUAACAUGUCUGGAGAAGUAGCUUAGAAUGUUAAAGAAGCUGUCUGUAAACACCACAGGUAAACUUGUUUCCCAGGAUUUGACACAAGAAAGUCAGUUUCUUUGUUUUUUUUAAUGGUGCUAGGGAUUGAACCCAGGGCCUUGCACAUCCUAGGCACUUGCUGUCCCGCUGAGCUACACUCCAGCCUCCCAAUUUUUGUUUUACUUGAUUUUAUUUUGAGACCGGUUCUCAACAUUCUGACUUCUGAAUGCUGGGAUUAAAGGCAUCCCCAGUCCUUAAGGAUAAGUUUCUUACUAACAGUUUUUCAUCUUAAGGUAAUUGCAUACAAGUGUGUGUGUGUGUGUGUGUGUGUGUGUGUGUGUGUGUGUGUGUGUACAUGUGCGUGCACCUUCAGGCUGAAACCAGACCCUUAACUGGAGUUUCUGGGGAAGGUAAUCCAAAACAGCUCUUUACCUCUAACUCCACUAAAGCUGGUUAAAUGAAGCUAACAUCACCCGGCUGUAAGGGUUGGGAGCCCAGUAAGUAUUGGGGUGGCAGAAAUGGAGGUCAGUGGCUUUGGAGCAACACUGAUGGAAGAGUUGGUGCGGUAUGGUGUGGUGCAGACGUUAAGGGGCAAAUGUGAGGACUCAGCAGACAAGCAUUUGACGGAGAUCCAUUUGAGUAGUACUGUGUCUCAGUUAUGAUUAGGUGAGAACUCUCACUAAUGAGAUAGCGCCUCGGUUCCUGACCCUCGUGUCCACGUGCAGUCUUGUGCACCCAUGGCCUGUCCAAAUGCAGCACAGGGGGAAGAGGGGGUGAGUUAAUCAGGGACUACACUUGCUUGGCCCUGAGUGUCAUUGGCCUUCAGAGAGAGGAAGAGGCCUUGUUCUCUUACACUCCAUGCAGGUGGUUGUGUUAGUUGUAAAGCACUCCUGUGACGUGCAUUUAAGGGUAGUGCUUUUGCUUUGCUGUCCUAAUUAUGUGGCAUUCCUAAUGCUUUUUAACUUUUAAACACUUUGUCACCCUUAGAGUUCUUGAAGACAAGAUUGCAAUGUAUUACAGAGGUGGCUUUGUCUCUGAUAACUUUGACAAAAUUCAGAACUUGUGACCCACUUUGAACUUUUAUGUCAGACUGUAAUUAAUAGAGUCUUAACUAGUACAGUGAUAUUUUUUAAAAGCAAAAAGACUAAAGAACUCUCCGAAAAGCUUUAAAGUGGCCUUUGUGUUACAUGCGUGGCAUGGGUGGCUCAUGAGUGCAGGACACGAGUGAUUCCUGUGUCCUAUCUGAUGUCACCAGGAACCUACGAGUUUCGCAUUUAACACACGUCAGUGCCAUAAACCCUCAGGACUGCAGCAGAGUCAACACACAUCUGCAUUGUGGCAAAUUGGUGUUCGGCUUCUUUUGUGGUUAGAAACAGAUGUGUGUGCCUAUCAGCAUUUAUCUCGUGGUUGGUCUUAUAAUCACUUGCUAUAUAUUGUGACCCUGUGCAAUAAAGCAGAAUUGUACAUACAUAGUUCUAUUUGGGUACCUGAAAUUCCUAAGCUCAAUUACAAUGUAGAUAAACUUGUAAGGUUUAGAGGACUGGCCUCUCGAGUAAGUGGUUAACAGAGAAUGAACCCUGGUUCCAGGGUGGUAUGAGCCGAGUUGGUGUGGUCACAGCUGAAUCAGACUGUUAGCAGUAAGGCAUUCAUACUUGGAUUCCCUAUGUCAAAUGUAUUUUUUUCUCAUAUACAAAUAAAUGCAUAUCAAAAAUGAAAAAAAAAAGAA